AUGUCUGGCCUCCCCGUAUUUCCUUAUGUCAACCUGAAGAAAACGCCGCCUGAUAUGCUCGAAGAGGUUGUCGUUCAGUACAUGAAGGUCUUGUGGGAGUACUCGCGCUCGCCGCAUCAUCCCGCACAGCUCCCAUGGGAGGACCUUGCUCGCAACCCGUCCAGCUAUUACGAUACGGAGCGCUACAGUUACUUAUGUUUUGACCGGGCUGCACUAGAAAGCCCGAUCGAGCUAUACGCACUCGCGGCGAAGCUCAUGGAGCACAGUAGCAUGGGGUCGGAAGACCCAUUCAUCUUCGCAUUCGCGCCGGGCGAUCACAGCUCGCGCGAUUCAUCGCCGGUUGCGCCGAACAUUGAUACUAGUACGCAGGCCGAUGUGUCUGAGACAUUCAUUGACACACGGAAGGAGACAAACGCAGCACUGUCGAGCCUCUCUCUACAGGGCGACGAGACUACGGCGUCGGGGCAAUCUGCGGACUCUAUGAAUGCCACCGAGGCAGACGUUCAGCGCCAAUCAUCUCGGCAGCCCACAACAGCACCAUCUGCAGGGGACUCGGGGCAGUCUGCUAAGGGUUCUGCGCCCCCUCCAUCGAUCUCGUCUUCAUCUAUCGAGCCUGAGGACUCGACGUCUCCCCCGCCUGAGGUCUCCCAGCUCAGGAAGCGUGGUAGAAAGCACGUGGAGUUCGCUGACCCUCUAGUCGCAUCCAGUGCAGGUGCAGCAGCGACACCGAUCGUACCGGCAGAUCCGCCACGUAAGCGCGCUCGCACGGACGACAGUCAAGGCGGCGGCAAGCAGCUCUCUGCCGGCGAAGCACAGUCCGGGCGCUCCCUCCGUUCGACAGUCAAGCGUAGUCCUGCUACAAAGCCAACGGCACCAACACCGGCUAGACAGCCAGCGAAGAAAACCGCGAGAAUCACGAUCGGAGACUGGAUAUUUGAUGGUUCUAUUACUACAAACGCCGUGACAUACGAGCAAUACAAGGACCACGGCGGCACACUCAUCGAACCCGGCGCAUUCGUUUCUCCUGGCCCCGGCCGAGAGCCAGAAGUGUAUGCAGAUGUUAUCGCUGAGAGGGAUCCGGAGUGGCUUGCUGAUUGCGCCUUCUGGAAAUCUGCCGUCAAACACGACCCGCGCAUGCUGUAG